GUCACGCGUGUAUCCGCUGCGGGCUGGACGCGGCUCGCGUUGCACUCGACUCAACACAAAAAAUAUACUCGAGAAUAAGGAUUACGUCGAGAGCUAUUAAAACGGGAAACCAGAUGUGUCUUGGUGCAACUACAUCGCUUAUCAGUGAGACGAUUGUUGUGUUUGUGUGUAAAGACUUAUCUGAUACCGUUUGUUGUACAGUUGUUGGGUCAAAACAAAUUCGGUGAAGGAAAACCUUCAGUUAAAUGGAUGACUAAAUUGUGACAGUGACGUGAAAAUGAUAUUGGUUCCGAAAACUAAUUAUUAUUAUCAGUUGUUAUAAAGUGUUAGUUUUGGACAGUAUGUGUGAUACGCAAUCGUAGCAGUGUAUGUAGAAACGACUUUUUCUUCAACAUUUUUGUGAAGAUAUUGAUCUCAAAUCGAAACUAAACGAAAUAACAAAAUGUUGGGACGAACGAGCCUAGUGAUAUGCUUAUGGGUGAGCUUGUUCGCGGUCUGCUCGAGCCAACGCGCCGAGCAGUUGUUGGCGCAGAACCCGUGCUCGAGCAAGACGACGUGCAGCGACUGCGCCCGGACCCCUUCCUGCGCUUGGUGCUUCGCUCACGACUUCAACGGACCCCGUUGCUUCAACCCCUCGAUGGAGGGCGGCACCGCGGGCUGCGACGAGGCGUACAUAUUCAAUCCGGACAACCAGCAGUCCAUCGAUCCGAUGUACAAUAGGGAAUUGACCAGAGCGAAAGGCCGAAUGGGUAUUGGAAUGGAGUCCUCUUAUUAUGAAGAGUCCAUGAGCAGCAGUAGCAGCAGCAGCAGCAGCAGCAGUGUCAAAGGAGGCUACGGUGCAGCAGGCUCCGCUGGAGGCGACAACCUCGUACAAAUCAAACCACAACGAGUGAAGCUGCAGUUGCGAAUGAAUCAGAUGCAAAAAAUGUCGUUUUCAUACGCACAAGCGCAAGACUACCCAGUCGAUCUUUACUACCUCAUGGACCUCAGCAGAUCUAUGAAGAAUGACAAGGAAAAGCUCAGUACACUUGGCAGUUUGUUAUCAAGUACAAUGAGAAAUAUAACCUCAAACUUUAGGAUCGGAUUUGGUUCGUUCGUCGACAAACUUGUUAUGCCCUAUGUCUCUACUGUCCCUAAAAACUUAAUAUCACCAUGCGACGGAUGUGCGGCACCAUAUGGUUACAAGAAUCAGAUGUCACUCAGCAACGAUACUGACUUUUUUGAUAAAGCCGUGGCGCACGCAGAAGUGUCGGGUAACUUGGACGCGCCGGAAGGCGGCUUCGACGCCAUCAUGCAGGCAGUCGUGUGCAAGAACGAGAUCGGUUGGCGCGAACACGCCAGGAAACUGCUCGUGUUCUCCACCGACGCUGGGUUCCAUUAUGCUGGUGAUGGAAAGCUUGGAGGUAUAGUGCAGCCGAACGACGGGGACUGCCACAUGGAGGACAACUCAUACACCUACUCUACCACUCAGGAUUACCCCAGUAUUUCCCAGAUUAAUCUCAAGGUGAAAGAGCACGCCAUCAACGUGAUAUUCGCCGUGACGUCAGAGCAGAUCAGCGUGUACGAGCAGCUCAGCAAGCACAUCGAGGGCUCCAGCAGCGGCAUCCUCAGCGACGACUCCGACAACGUGGUGGACCUCGUGCGCGAGCAGUACAACAAAAUCACGUCAACAGUGGAGAUGAAAGACACGUCUAGCGAUGCACUGCAAAUAAAUUAUUACUCGUCCUGUUUGGGCAGCAAGGAUAAUGUUGUGCAAACAAACAAGUGUGACGGACUUAAGGUUAGCGACGUCGUUGAGUUCACUGCAGAGAUAACUCUCAAAGAGUGCCCCAAAGAUCAGAGCAAAUGGAAACAAACGUUCACUAUCUACCCGGUCGGCGUGUCUGAGAGUCUCAACGUGGAAGUAGAGAUGCUGUGCGACUGCCCCUGUGAACACCCUGGACAUCAUGCAUACGAUGACCGUCCGGAGGUGUGCAGCGGGCACGGCAUCUCCGCAUGCGGCGUGUGCGUGUGCAAGCCGGGCCGCUUCGGCAAGAGCUGCGAGUGCUCGGCGCACGGCGGCGUGUCGCUGGAGCAGGAGCGCGGCUGCCGGCCCACCAACGCCAGCUCCGGCCCGCUGUGCUCCAACCGCGGCACGUGCAUCUGCGGCGUGUGCGAGUGCAACAAGAUGGAGGACCCGCUUAAGGUGAUAUCGGGCCCGUUCUGCGAGUGCGACAACUUCACGUGCGACAUGAACAAGGGCCAGCUGUGCUCGGGGCCCGACCACGGCGACUGCGUGUGCGGCAAGUGCAGCUGCCGCCCCGAGUACACCGGGCCCGCCUGCCGCUGUCUGAAGGACCAGAAGCCUUGUAUAUCACCCGAAAACGGCAAAAUCUGCGGCGGCAACGGCAAAUGUGUGUGCGGAGAGUGCGUGUGUGACGUGGAGGACGACCGACACUACUCCGGGAAGUACUGCGACAAGUGUCCGACGUGUCCCGGAAAAUGCGAAGACUUCAAACUGUGCGUGCUGUGCGAAGUGCACAAGCGCGGCCCCAAGUACAACCCGGACACACCCGACCGCGAGUGUGGCGACUGCGCCUUGUACCCCGAAGUUGUUGAAGGCAAAAUCGAAGCGAACGAAACGUUGAACGAGCACUUGUGCAGUUUCUACGACGAAGAAGACUGUCUGUACGUAUAUGUCUACUCAUACAAUGAGAGCCAACAUUUACAUAUCAGAGCACAGAAGGAGCACGAGUGUCCACGAAAGGUGUUCAUCCUCGGCAUAGUGCUGGGAGUGAUCGCCGCCAUCGUGCUGGUGGGGCUGGCGCUGCUCAUGCUGUGGAAGAUGGUCACCACCAUCCACGACCGGCGGGAGUUCGCGCGCUUCGAGAAGGAGCGCAUGAUGGCCAAAUGGGACACGGGAGAAAAUCCUAUUUACAAGCAAGCGACAUCCACCUUCAAAAAUCCAACGUAUGCCGGAAAAUAAAGAUCUGUCACUGACUAGCGGUCAGAAAUAUACGAAGACGCUACUACAGUAAUAGGAGAAUGGAAAAAUACUUCAAAUAAAAUAUGAAUGCAUUUCAAAGUGAAAUAGGUCUCGUAUUUUAUGUAAAUGUUCUCGAUUAGGAACUUUAGAUGCUGAAAUUGAGCCUUGACAAAGUGCCUUUAUAAAAACAAUAUUUAAAUUAUAGUGAUUAAAAUAAGAAUGGGAAUGAAGUGUCAAUUGACUUAAAAAGUCACAGAUUGAACAAAUGUUUAUUUUGAGGUAUAGCUUGGCAAGUUCGUUGGUGACACUCUCAUGAUAUGCGGGCGACGGGGAGGGGACGGGACACUAAAUUACUGCGCGGGUGUGUAGUCGUGCGCGCGGGGCAGAGGGAAGGACUGCGUGGGUAUGAAGGAGUGCGCACGGAGCAUCCCCAUUACCCGCCUUCCCAGCCCCCGCGGACCAUAGGAAGUGUUACGAACGAAUUUGCCAAGCUUAGUAGUGUAAUUGGUGAUUUAACAUAUUGUAAUUUUAAAAUCUUGUCCAAAAAGAACUUUUACAAACAAUCAUAACGGUAGGUCACCUGAAAAUAUUUUUAAAACUACCCUCAAUUAUUCAACUUUUCAACCAAUUCCUAUUCUUAUUAUAAUCGCAACAUUUUUGAUUACAUAUUAUUUUUACGCAGCAUAUUCUGUGAACAUACAAGUCAUUGAGAUCUGUUUAAAUCUCCGAUUUUUUUAUAUCUGUUUAUGGUACGCUUUUUGUACUUAGUUUGUGUGUGUGAGUGUGCGUUUGUGGAAUGUACUUAUGUGUUCGUGUAGAUUGUGUUGAAUGAAACAAGGUUUAUGUAACUCAGUAUCAAGAUAAUACUUUUAAUUUGACAUUUUGAUAUGUCUGCUACUACUAGACACAUCUGGAGGCACGGCAGUGCAAAAACAAUUUACAAACCAAAAAUAACCCAAAACUGACCCCCCCCCCCCCAACACCUCCCCGAAGUCGAUAGACCAUUUACUCUAUGUCACCAAGAGUCCAGAACCGAAUGAUAUUCCAUAGAUAACAGAGUAGAGUGCUCACUCUACUCUGUAAUUUAUGGACAAUACACACUGUGUGUGACGUCUGAUGGUGACGGACAUGCUUAAUUAUUAUUAUUAAUAGUUUUAUAAACCCAAAUAUUGAAAUAUAAUAAUCGUGUAAUAAAUUUUUUUUUAAAACCUUGUUUCAUUUGAUGUGUAGUUGACGUAAUAUAUUAUUAUUAAUAAUACGUACAAUGUUAGUUGGUGCCGCGGACUAAUCAAUAUAAUGUUUUGAUUUAUAAAAAAAUGAAAAAAUCCAACCCAAAUAGGUAGAAAUGUGAAUACGAUAUAAAACAUAUUAUGAAUAAGAUUACACUAUACUCGAUGAGAUAUUCUAUUCCUUGCAAUUAUUUAGUAUUAAUAUAUAUAUUUUUUUUAUUUCAAUAUAAACCAUGUUAAAUUAUUUAUUAAUUUAACAGCCAUAUUUAUAAACAUGGAUUGAGAUUUAAUCUUCAAAUUUCUUCAAAAUAAAUUGAACUUUAAAGAGUAGUUAUUAGGUUCACUUUAGUUUAGUUCAAGUUUAGGUAUUUAAACCGAAACUAUCUUCAAUCCAUAUUUAUGAAUAUGGGGGUUAGUGUCUAGACUCAUAGUCCCUUUACAUAGUCGUUUCUUCAGCAUAGUCAUUAGACAGUGGCGUCCUCUUCACAUACGCAUAAAAUCACUGCCUACCCUCAAUAUUUAUUGAGCAUCCUGUAUAAACGAAAUUUAGACUAUUUUUUUUUUGGAUCAUUUGUUAUGCCUACACUACUCGAAACUAUGACAGCUCCGUGCAUACUUUGACGACAUGGCUUUAUAUAGCCUGACAAGACAUGAAAAAAUUGUAAUAUUUUGCAGAAAGCUAAUUUCUUAAUAUACUAUACAUUUAUAUAUAGAAAGUGUUGUCAUGAAAAAAAUAAUGUGGCGCCCACGGAUUUUUUUUAUUUCUGAUCAGGCUAUGUAUUAAAAAUGGUCUAUUCUUUCAUAAGAAUCAUAACGAAAUGUAAAUUGAAUUAAUUAUUUUUAUAUAAUUUUCUUAAUGUUCAGCUUUUACUGUGAGUUGCAAAUAUUUAACUAAUGAUAAAAUGAAUACUGCCGCUUAAUAUAGAUCUAGUGCCUUAUAUUAAAUCAUAUUAUAAUUAAUAUACUACAAUUAGUGCCAUUUACUAACCUAUAAAUAUAAGGUGUGUUUAUUUAUUUCAGGUAAAUAAUCUUGCGUUAAGCAUCUUACCUAAUAACAAAUUAUAUUAAAAAGAUCGAUUAUUAUUAUUAUUUUUUAUCAUGAUAAAGUAUUUUUUUUUACCUUUUAUAAUGCAUUUUGAUGGAAAGCUAUGGUCUUAUAUGUAUAUAUUUUCUUCAUCGAUGUAUAUAGAGAUUUAUAUUCCUAUAAAUAUUCAAAUCAAUAUUAACAAAUAAGUUACUUUUCCGACGCCAGUAUUUCCAACUGUAUAUCGAAAUGUUUGUUUUUUAUUUAUGACGGAAUUCUUUAUAUGCAUCGACGGUUUUACCCUUAAUUUAAAUAUUAAUUUAUGUGAUACUUUAAUAUGAUUGCUAUUUGUAUAUAUACCUUUAAAGUUUAGUCUAUAAAGCAGUUGUGGCCUUUUUAUUAAUAGCUAAUAAAAUUAAUAUUGAAAUAAA